AUGUCUACAAAGCGAUCUUCUCCUGCUACUGGGGCCGUGCCGAAGCGCCAACGGAAGAUGCUAACAAUUGCUGAAAAGGUGAACUUGUUAGACAUGCUGAAGGAAGGGAAAAGCUACGCCGCUGUAGGACGCCACUACGGUAUCAACGAGUCCACGGUUCGUUAUAUUAAGAAGGAGGAAAAGAACAUACGAUCUACUGCUGCAGUGUCAUUUAACCAGGAGGCGAAACGAAGGGUAAGUGGACGUAGUAAGGCAGUAAUCCGGAUGGAAUCUGCGUUAGGGAUUUGGAUCGAAGACUGCCGGAAAAAAAACAUCCCCGUGGACACCAAUAUCAUCCGACAAAAGGCCAAGCAACUUUAUGAUAGGUUGGCGGAUGCUGGAGAUGCUCCAGACGAUGACGAUGACGACCCUCGACCUGGAACUUCUGCUGAAUCCCCCAGCGAGAGCCGUGAAUUUACUGCCAGCAAGGGCUGGUUUGAAAAAUUUAAGAAAAGGUUCAACUUGGCCAGUGUUAACCUGCAAGGAGAGGCUGCCUCUGCAGACAAAGCCGCAGCCGAGAAAUUUGUCGCCGACACGUUCAAGACGAUUAUUGAGGAAGGCGGAUAUCAGCCUGAAACCGUGUUUAAUAUGGAUGAGACGGCCCUAUUUUGGAAGCGGAUGCCGUCUCGUACUUUUAUCACGAAGGAAGAGGCAAAAGCCCCGGGGUUUAAGGCGCACAAAGAUCGCAUCACGCUGGUCAUGUGCGCCAAUGCUGCGGGCUUUAUGAUAAAGCCUGGGCUCAUUUAUAAGUCCAAAAACCCCCGAGCCCUGAAAAAUAAGAAUAAAAACCUGCUGCCUGUGUACUGGAUGCACAACCCGAAGGCGUGGAUUACGAAACGCCUAACAUCGGAUUGGUUUCACCAAUGUUUCAUCCCAGAAGUAAAGAUCUAUCUGGCAGAUAAAGGGCUGGAUUUCAAAGUCCUUUUACUUCUGGACAAUGCUGGAGGUCAUCCCUUGGAUCUAUCCUACCGAGGUGUAAAAAUUGAGUUCUUGCCACCAAAUACAACAUCACUGAUUCAGCCAAUGGAUCAAGGAGUUAUCCGGGCUUUUAAGGCAUUGUACACAAGGAACAGCCUGCAACACAUGGUCGAGGCAAUGGACACGGACGAUGACUUUUCCCUGAAGGAGUACUGGCGUAAGUACAUGAUCACAUCGUGUAUGGUGAACGUGCAGAAGGCCCUUAAUGAUAUGAAGAAAGACACGGUUAAUGCCUGCUGGAAGAAAUUGUGGCCAGAGAUUGUGUGCGAAAAGAAGGGCUUUUCUGCAGAAGAAAUUCAUGACUCAGCGGUUGACAAGGCAGUCACGCUGGCAAAACUGCUAGGAGGAGAGGGAUUCAACGACAUGACCAGUGAUGACAUCAAUGAGCUGCUCGAUGCCCACUCCGAGCUGCUCAGCGAUGAAGAUUUGGCCGAGAUGACCAAGUCAGCGAGCGAGGAGGAAGAUCAAGACGACCCGGCAGAGGAAGACGCAGGCCUAACUCUCGAGCGAUUACUUGCCAGGCUGGCAAAGAGGGGCAAGAAGCUGAAGGCGCAGAAGGUGGAACAACAGGAUACAGAACAGAAAAUCCAGAAUCUUGGAUACCAGGAGGAGCACACCACGCUCUUAGAUACCUUCCAGCUUAUCUCAUUAUUGAAUAAACACUUGUUCAUUUGCAUCACUCACACCUUAACCUAUCCCAAGGUGCUCUUCUACACUAAUGCUAAGCCUCACUGGAGCACCCUUUCUCAUUACUACAACACCUCGUCUUCCCUAUCGGUUGAGAAGCUCCAUUCACAAUUUGAGAACCUUUGCUAUAGAGAGCCGCUCACCUGCAGAGACGCAAAUCUUUGA